AUGUCGUGGAUGGACUCAUGGUCACGGCCGUCCAAGACACAGGCCACUCCGGCACCGUAUUAUCUCCUCCCAGGCGGCGAAAACACGCCAUACUGCCAUUCCUGCGGUCGCGUCAUUGGGCAGCGCAAGACCAACGCGGCAGCUACCGCCAAGACCGAGGCGAAGUACUGUUCGUCAAAGUGCAGGAGUCACCGGCCGGGGAAACUGGACCGCGAAAUCGAGAGCGCCUUUGUGCGGCUGCUGGAGGGCUCGGAGGAGCUGGGCGGGCCCGCGGACGCACACACGCCCAUAAAGGCGGCCAAGAAGCACAAGGGCCGAAAUCUAAAGUUGAAGGGAGAUCAGAGGAUUCUGGUCCGGUGCUCGGUAGUCGAGGGCCUAGUCUUUGGCACCAGGGAUGAGGGCGCAGAUGAGGAGAAUCACUCUACGCGCUCUGGCUCGUCCGAACCUGAGAUUGAGCACCAUGAGCAUCGCCCGGACACGCCUGUGGAUCACCUAGUGGAAUCUUCUGGGCAGCGAAUUGAUGAAUUGGGAGACGAGGAUACUUAUGUAGACGGUGAUGUGCUGGCCCGUUUGUCUAUUCGCAGCGGAACCCGAAUUAGACCAGCUCAGGACGUAUCCGAGGUCAAUGGGAGUGUGGGCGGCGAAAAGGGAAAGGCGGAGCGCAUCGAGGAGAAUGAGGAGAUGCUGAAGAAGCGGCGGCUGGGCCAGCGGCGCGCCAAGGAGAAGGAAAUGGUCAAAUGUGCAGCUCGAAGGGGUGUCGUCUUUGGCUUUCUUGCAGGCGAUCAGGACGGUGCAGGCCAAGGAGGUGGCGAUAUGGGAGGGAGGAGGAAGUGUGAGGCGGUUAGCAAUGGUAAUGUCGUGGAGCCAAGCUUUGCCAAAGGCGAUUGGCAAAUUCGUUGGAGGGAAUAG